UUUGUUGAUUUUGCAAUUCAUGAAAAAUAAGCUACGAAACUGCAAAGGCAUAAGUUUUCUGUUUAACUUAGAAUAUAGUUAUAAAUAUAUUUUUGUCAUGAGAAAACAUUUAUUUACCAAAUUUGUCAAGUAGAUUUUUGCUUAUCUCGAAAUGAGUUGCUGACUAAUAUUGCAAUACUUAAUGUAUUUUUUUAUUCUGUAAAAAUUAAAUAGUUCCGGUUUAAAAAUAAAAGUGAAGAAUGAAAUAUUGUAAACAUUUUGCUUUUGUUACUAUUGUAAUUUCUGAAGAACUUUGAGUUGUCAUAGCUUCGCUUUAGUCAAAACAAACAGAAUGUAAACAAACGGGAGUAAGCAUACAUCCUUAGACAGACAACGGUUGUAACAUGCUUAAAACACCGGUUCACGUUCUCAUCAAACGGGGGAGCAUAAUAUCUAAAAAAAACUAACUUCAUCAUUAGUUCAUCUUUAACUGUAAAAUAUUCUUCAUGAUAGUAAAUAAUUAAAAAAAAACACUGAGAUGACUUUCUUUUUAGAGGAUAUAUCUGACCACCAAGAAAACAUCAAAAUCCCAUUCAUAAAUGAAAGAAAUUGCGAUCAAUUGCCAACAUUUGUUUAUACUCCUCAUUGUGUGUUGAAAACUGAGUCUCUUCUUAAAGAUUUUGAAAGUAUAUCAUUACCAUGUGACUGUGAAAACAUAUGCAGUGAAAAAUGUCCUUGCUCUUCAAAUGCAUAUUAUGAUGGUAAACUCUCCAAGAAUUAUGAUAAUAAUACUAGUAAACCUAUUAUUGAAUGUUCAGAUAUGUGCUCUUGUGUAAUUAAAUGCAAUAAUAGAAUUGUACAGCAUGGAAUUCAAUUUCCUCUACAAGUUUUUUUAACUGAUAGAACAGGUUUUGGUGUUCGAAGUACAGAAUUUAUUCCUGAACUUUCAUUUGUUUGUGAAUAUGCUGGGGAGAUAAUAGAUGAAUCUGAAGCAUAUAGAAGAUUAAAAAGCCAUACACCAGAUGAAUCUAAUUACAUAUAUGUGCUAAAAGAACACAGUUCUGAUAAUAAGCAUAUUCAGACAAUAAUUGAUCCAACUUGCAUUGGCAAUGUUGGAAGAUUUUUGAAUCAUUCUUGUUCUCCAAAUUUAUUUUCAGUUCCUAUUCGUGCUGGUAGUAUGAUACCACGAAUUUGCUUCUUUGCAAAAAAAGACAUCUUGCCUUUUCAAGAGCUUACUUAUAAUUAUGGUGGACAUUGUACUUUUAAAAAAAGUGAUUCCAGACCUGUAGAACUUCGUGCAAGAAAAUGCCUGUGCUAUAGUUCAGAUUGCUGUGGACACUUACCAUUUGUUGAAAAUAAUUGGCUAAAAUGAAAUAAAUUCUUAUUUGUGGAA